AACUGUCUGAAACGCAGGCACAAAGGAGUGGGAACUCUGUCUGAGCACAAGCGUGUGGAGUGAAGGCCCCCGAGGCUGUCAGUGAGAGAGAGACAAUUAGACGUACACAGAGAAAGAGAGAGAGAGAGAGUAGAUACUGAGUGACUCACUCCGAGUACGAGAAGCAAAAGAGGGGAACAGGAAACAAACCCUGAAACAAACUGAAACGCAUCACACUUCUUCAGCUUCACUUCUUCUGCUGAUUGUCUCAGGACUUUGAGAGGAAGCCUGGAGAUAACUUUGCUGCUGUGGAGCCAAAACACUGAAUUUGGACAAAGGUAAAGGGACGAUGCCCUAAAGAUCCGAGCUGUGGAUCUAUCUCACCUCAUCCUCUGUGGAGUGGAGCCAUCGUGGAUCCAACCUCUGUGGACGCUGCAGCCUGUGAUGGACCAAGACUGAUUGAUCUGAAAUGUCCAACACUACCCUCCUGACUGACAGUUUUACUCCACCAUGGGCUGGAAAUGUCUCCACCAACAUCUCCAUCUGCAGCAAAAACGACGGGUUCAAGUACCCUCUGUACAGCACGGUGUUCAGCAUCGUGUUCGUGGUGGGCCUCAUCACCAACGUCGUGGCCAUCUACAUCUUCACCUGCAGCCUGAAGCUGAGGAACGAGACCACCACGUACAUGAUGAACCUGGUGGUGUCCGACCUGCUCUUUGUCUUCACGCUGCCCCUCAGGGUCUUCUACUUCAUCAACCAGAGCUGGCCCUUCGGGAGCACACUGUGCAAGGUCUCCGUCUCGCUCUUCUACACCAACAUGUAUGGCAGCAUACUCUUCCUCACUUGCAUCAGCGUGGACCGCUUUCUCGCCAUCGUGCACCCCUUCCGCUCGAGGACGCUCAGGACUAAGCGCAACGCGAAGAUAGUGUGCGCGGCGGUGUGGGUGCUGGUGCUGUCUGGGAGUCUACCCACGGGCUUCCUGCUGGAGACCACGUCAAAGGAGAACAGCAAGACCAACUCCACCUUCUGCUUUGAGAACUUCUCCUCCAAGCAGUGGAAGUCCCACCUGUCCAAGGUGGUGAUUUUCAUCGAAACGGUGGGCUUCAUCAUCCCGCUUCUUCUCAACGUGUGUUGCUCCAUCAUGGUGUUGCAGACCCUGCGGCAACCGCAAACCAUCAGCCGCGGCGGGAAGCUGAACAAAACAAAGAUCCUGCGCAUGAUCAUCGUUCACCUCUUCAUUUUUUGUUUUUGCUUCAUUCCGUACAACGUAAAUCUGAUUUUCUAUGCUCUGGUCCGCACCAAGACUUUAAAGGGCUGCUCUGUGGAGUCCGUGGUGCGGACCAUCUACCCCAUAGCCCUCUGCAUCGCGGUGUCCAACUGCUGCUUUGACCCCAUUGUUUACUACUUCACGUCAGAGACCAUCCAGAACUCCAUCAAGAGGAAGUCUCAGGGCAGUCGAGCGUAUGACGUCAAGUUCUCCGAGGCCCUUCAGUCCGAAACCAGCUCCAACCUUCACUUCAGCCUGAGGAAUUUUAAAGCUAAAGUCUUUCACAACGAGUCGUCAGUGUGAUUGUGAUGGGAUUGUUACGCUCAGGUGUUAUUAAAAAUCCACUGUUCCAGAGGAUAAACAAAGAAUGCUUUAUGAAGCAUCUGCCAAAGAAGUAUUAUCAUCUGAUCUUAAGUGUCUCAUCUCGGGGCAAAUGUUUGGACCUGUCGUCGACAGACUCUGCUCUGCAGUAUUACUGCCACGUGACCGUUUGUUCUCAUCUGUGGAUUUAUUACUUUAUUUAUUACUACUUAUUGAUUGUUUCCUUUCCUGUGGAAAUUGUGUUCCACACAAUUACUCUGCCAGUGACCGGCAGGUCAAUGUGAUCAGUGGAGAGCAGGACGGUCAUGAUACUGGAUGCCACAUGUGCCUGUAUAAUCUGUGUAUCAUUCAUUUUUCAAAAUGAAAAAAACAAACAACAAACCCUUCAUUUGAUUACAAAAUUACAAUGAAAAAGGGAAAAAAAUGGAAAACCACUAGUUUUUUCCCCCGAUUUCUGAUAUUGUGUUAAAAUGAAAAAUGAAAACGAGCGUUUCCCAUUUCGUCUGAUUUAGAUUGUUCCAUUUAACGCAAGUUACGCAACCCGUAUGACGCUCGCUAUCCAUUCUUUUCCAUUUUCCGUUUGAGCGCAAUGUCGGAAACUGGAAAGAAAAUCCAUUUUUAAAUGUUUCAUUUUAUUUUGAAAAUCAAAUUAACAGUUGGUUAUCUGUUUUGAAUCGAACGAAUGACACAAGGAUUCUGUAUAUCUGUACAUUUCCGUGGUUAUUUGCGGUGCUAACUGUAGAGUAGUAUCUCUUAAAUUAACAUAAAGUUAUAUCAAGCUAUACAAUUGUACAGGGCUUUUAUUGUUGUUGUUGUGAGUUACAACUAGGUCACAGAAGUGCCUUUUUAUUGUUCUGGCGGCAUUUCCUUGUAGACUUUAAUGUGUUAAUUGCCAUUAAAAAAAAAUGCACUGACAUGGAAUUCCAGAUACUGCACUCAUUCCACAGUGAUGAAUAAACGUCAUGUACUGUCUGAAAGAAACAAAACGUGAAACGUC